UGUUGUUGCUGAGUUUGCGGAGAGAGCAGGCGGCGGUGGUGCGACUCGGGAGGGUGCAAUCUGAACCCAAGGGUUCCAAUGGGCCGGGGUGUGAGAGCCAUGCAAGCCGGGGAAAGGUGGUGGUAAGGCGGGGAGGCUGCCAGGAGGAUGGCGGCGGCGGGGCUGCAGCCCGGGCUGGAGCUGGGCGCGAGGCUGGUGCAGGGUCUUCUCUGCGGCGGCCUCUUCCUCUUCGCCUACCUGCAGCUCUGGCUGCUGCUCUGCGGGAGGGAGAAGCGGCUGAGCUUCCGCGCGGCGGGGCUCUUCCUGGGUCUGCUCUGGGCCGCCCUCCGCACCGUCCUCUGCGCCGCCCUCCUCCCGGCACGCCCCCGCCGGAGCCUCCCCGCCGCCCCCCGCUGGCUCCUCGGCGCCGCCCCCGCCGCCCUCCGCUUCGCCGCACUCGCUCUCCUCAACCUCUACUUCGCGCAGGUCAUCUUCAAAGUCAAGUGUGCUGCCGAAUUCAACAGAUACAAGGUGGUUUUGUACCUGGGCGCCAUCUUCACCAGCCUUCUCUUCCUCUUCGUGAACUUGACCUGCACGCUACUGGCACACGACGAUGCGCCCGAAGAGCAGCGGCGCUGGGCCCUCUUCACGCGGGUCGUGAUCAACGACGGCCUCUUCAUCCUCUCCUGUGCCUUGCUGGCCUGCACCAUGUGCCGGCUCUCCAAAAUGUCCUCGGCCAACGUUUACCUCGAGUCCAAGGGCACGUCUGUCUGCCAAGCGCUGCUCGUGGGUUCGGUCGUCGUCCUCCUCUACUCUUCAAUGGCGUUCUAUAACAUGGUGGCCGUCACCGUCUCUCCAGACCACAUGCCCAGUCCGUUCAACUACGGCUGGGACAACCUGAAGGUUCGAGGGGAAGAUGUCAGCAGCAAAGAAUACGUUGUCUUUGGGAUGGUGUUUUUCCUCUGGGAGUUUAUCCCGACCUUAUUUGUGGUGCUGUUCUUCAGAGCCCAGCGCCUGUCGCAGAAUUUGGCGCCUGCAGGGAUGAUCAACAGCCACAGCUACAGCUCCAGGGCUUACUUCUUUGACAACCCAAGGCGGUACGACAGCGACGACGACCUUCCCAGGCUUGGCGGAGGAGGAAGGUAG